AUGUCGGACUCAUUCCCGACACUGGAGGCGCUCCAUUUCCCCUCUGCCCAGCAAUCCAUCUCGCAGACUCUCUCCUCACUACGCCGCUCGGCGCUAACCGUCUCCAACCGGCUACAGUCCAUCGAGACGGACGCGGCGUUUGUGCAGGAAGUCGCGGACCACUAUGCUUUGCCGCUGGUUGCCAACGAGCGUUGCGGCAGCUGGUAUAUUCCGCCGGCGGCCAAGUCCGGGAGUGCUUAUUUCAAGAGCACGGAUGGCCACGCCGUCAUGCCUGAUGCCCUGUCGAAAACAAUCCCCAUUUGGUGCGCCGUGCUGAAUCGAGCCCUCUUCCCGUCCGAGACGGCGUAUCACCCCGUGCAAUUGCCGCCGAAUUACCUCGGUGUUUCCGAGGAGUCGCAGAUCGAGAGUCGGAUUGAUGGAUUUGUAGAUUCUCUCACGGACCUCAAACUCGACCUCAACCACCUUCGCCAACAGCUCGGCAAACCGAUCCGGAUUGCCUGGGCGAACCGAGCAUAUUUCUACCCUACAGAUCUCCAAACAGGCAACGCCUAUCAUCUUCUAGUCCUCUGCUCCGCCUCCAAGCGCGUGCACGGCGCAGAGAUGUCCGAAGGCGGUUAUAUCCAAGGUGCCGGCGAUGACAGCGAGGGAUGGGCGCAUGGAUUGACACCGCCCGUCUUCUGGGGAAACCAGGCGAUCCUGAAACGAACCGCGGAGGAGGACCUGCCCAAUCUGAUUGCGGAUCUGGUGGCCGAGCAUCAACGACAGAAUGCCGCUCUCGAUGCGACGCUCAUUGUCCCAACCAACAACCUCUACAUCGGCGCGAAUGAUAUUGAUACUGAUGCCGAAGGAGGUCGUUACGAUCUUGUGAUCGAUUGUAAUGGCACCCCCGCAGCCGUCGAGGGGAAUCCCAAACGUCUGAACUUGGGCUGUGCGUCGGCGAAGCUGGGGAGUCGCGACCUGCGCAAGUCCCUAGAUAAAGCCCGGGAGUUUGUGAGCUCGCAGCUGGGGCCUCAUCCGACACGCUCGUUGCUGGUGACCUGUGAUACGGGCAAGGAUCUGGCGGCGGGUGCGCUGCUGGCCAUCCUCUGUCUGUUCUAUGAUGACGAUGGAAAUUUCGAUGCGUCUCCCAAGACACGCAGUAUAGGCAAACAGUUUAUCCGACAGCGUCUCGCGUGGAUCGUGUCAUCGAAGCAUGACGUGAAUCCGUCUCGGUCGACGCUGCAAUCGGUGAACGCCUUUUUGAUGGAGCCGCCAGAUUAUUGA